CUCGCGCAUGGGGAGCUCCGUCAGAUGGAGACUCCGGAAAGUCUCGCGCAUUUCCGCGUCUAAAUCCAGCCGGCGUUUUGUCAGCAGGAGCAGCGUUCAUCCUGAGGAUAUGCGGUCACAUUAGUUCCACUCCUCGCUCCGUACGGACGUCCGUCAGAUGGCUCUCCUCGCCUUGAUUGGUGUCCAUCAUGGGCCGUGAGCGGCGACGCAAGAGGCGCGGGGAUUAAACUCAACUCUAGUGAGGCCUGACUGAAGACUGGGGAGCAUGAAAGAAAUUAAGACAAAUGAUGACAUGAAGAUAUUAAACUAUGAUGAAUACACAGGACACAUGGCCUCCUGUAGGUGAAGCUUGAACUUUCUUUUUUAAUUUCCACAUGCCUACGCUGCUUCUGUGUCAGUAUGUCACUAUCAGACUGCAAACAUGGGUGCAACACCCAAACAUGCCACCCUAACAGCCUCCACGGCUUGCCCACGAUCAAGAACUAUGGAAAAAGGCCUAUCAGGACAUUGUUUGACUUCAGGCAGUUACCGCUGACCAACCUGCGGAGCAUCUCAAAAGUCAAAGUGGUUAGCUUUCUGAUGGGCUUGACUCUGAUGUUCCUCAUCAUGGCUUCCCACAUCCUAACAUGGGACAGGAAGGGGCUUUUGCUCACCCCGCCACCCCAUCAGCUCCGACCUGUGGGGAUCCCGACCAGCUCAGCAGCAGAUAUGAAACUGCUGGUGAAGAUCAUCGGCUCCAAACUGGACUACACACCCAGGAAGGUGCCUGAUGAGAAGGAUGUCGUUGGAACAAACUCCCAUUUGUUUUCUGUAAUUCCUCGCCAUUUCCUGCCCGACGUCAAGAGCCCUUGCUGGUAUGAGGAAGUUUCAAGUGACCUCAGCACUGCUCCAUACAGGAGGAACCACUACGCCCUGCGCACAAAGAGCUUUAAGACUGUGUGCGACCACCUGAGGACCAACUUCCACCAGCACUUACACCACAGAGACGGCAAACUGUUUCGUCUGCGCUGCUUGCCGUUCUUCUACGUCGUCGGCCAACCGAAGUGCGGGACAACUGAUUUGUUCUACAGGCUGCUGCUGCAUCCAGAGGUCAAGUUCAACACGAUAAAGGAGCCGCACUGGUGGACCAGGAAACGCUUUGGUUAUAUUCGUUUCAAGGAUGGCUUCCAGGAAACUUUUCCUUUGGAAGAUUACCUGGAUCUGUUUGACUUGGCGGCCCAAAAAAUCCAAGAAGGAAUCAGUGGAAAUUCAUCUGGAGACCACCGCGCACUCAUAACAGGUGAAGCCAGUGCAUCCACCAUGUGGGACAACCAAGCCUGGAGCUACGUUCACAGAGACAGGGGGGAGACGGAGCCCCCUUUCCUGGUCCAAGACUUCAUCCACACAGUCCAACCUGGUGCUAAAAUCAUCAUCAUGCUUAGAGAUCCAGUAGAGAGACUUUAUUCUGACUACCUGUACUUUAAGAUGGCCAACAAGUCAACAGAGGACUUUCAUCAGAAGGUCGUAGAAUCUGUACAGCUGUUUCAGUCCUGCCUGACUGAGAGGUCACUUCGAUCCUGCGUCUACAACACAAGCCUCUCCAACGCCAUGCCGGUGAGGCUAAAUUUGGGGAUUUACGUCGUCUUCUUGCUGGACUGGCUGACAGUUUUCCAUAGCGAGCAGAUUCUAGUUCUUCGACUCGAGGACUAUGCAGCCAACUUCAAAGUGACGAUCAAGAAAGUUUUUGAUUUUCUCAGAUUAAGCCGUCUGUCGGAGCAGGAGGAGGCAGCACUGUACAAACGACCCAAAUCCAACACCAGGCGGACGGCGGACAGGAACCUUGGUCAUAUGCUUCCAGCCACCAGUGACCUCCUCAGGAAAUUUCACCAACCCCUCAACUAUAAACUGGCCAGUGUGUUGGGCAACAAGGCCUUCCACUGGAGUAACACCUGAAGGGGCAAGAGCAUGCACAAGCAUGUGGAUGGCUGUGAAUGGACAACCAGAGCAAGAAGCUAAAGCAGGAAUGCAUAGAUAAAAAGAAAUGCACUGUGGAAGAACUCACACACAGGUGUAUAGAUGCCUAUGGGGUUAUAUGAAGGUCUGAAUAAGUACGGGUUUGUGAUAUUUGUGUGCUCUUGAAAGAAUGUGAGUGUCUCAGCGAGUCAAGAUGAUAAUAAGAAACAUAAGCUGAAUUUGUGUUUUUAUUUGAUGCUUUUACGAUGUUGAAAUGCCAUUUUAUCACUGCUGAUCCAAAGUCCACGAAAUGCAACAUAAAUUAAUGAAUCUACGCUGAAGCACAAACCUGCUGUGAUACAAUACAACCAUGGUUGUUUAAGCUUCCCCAUACAGAAUCAAUUCCUUUGUAUGUUGUGAGGAUUUCAUAUGCAGAAUUAAAGGCCAAUGUGAAUACUAUCGUGUUUGUAGAUUAAAAAAAACAAAUACAGUGUAACCAAACCAGAAUAAGUCCAGGUGUGAUUUAAUAAUAUGGCAGGCAAUCAGACCUGAUGACCUGACUCCACCUUCCAGGAACCAGAUGGAACCCUGCUAUGAAAUUCCUCCAGGUGAUCAAAAUAAUUAUAUAUAUGAUUGGAUAUAUUUGUUGUCAGUUUUAAUCAUAUUUACAUAGAAAAUCACAUUUUUAUUCAAGGCAACCACAAAAAUAUACCUAUUUAACAUUGGCCUUUAUCUGAUGAAAUAUCAUAGGUGUGCUAAAUAAAGAUUUUGGGAGCAUUGUUAUGUGUGUGGGAA